CCCUCGAAGGCAGCCCCCUCUGGUGCGCCCGCCGGCAGCCGAGGCUGCUCCUGCUCCGAGCACGAACCGGUAACGGGGAUUUUCUCCGAAUUCGGGAUGCAACAGUCCACGGACUUUUCCACGGCGCAAAGUUGAGGGAGAGGGCGGACGCGAGCGCGACGCAGGAGGGAGACGUUCCCGCACAUUUGGAGCCGCAACUUUCCUCGGUGGCUUUGCACGGUGUCGUCCCCCCCCACCCCCCCGCGCGCCCCGCACCCCAGUCAACCCCACCGGGAGCCGGAGCGCGCGAUCCCACCCCGCGGCGUGCGGCCCUGGGAGGAAAAGGACGAGGAGGAGGAGGAGGAGGAGCGGCCGUGAGGGGCUGAAGCGGCCGAUGCCGGGAGCCCCCGAGGCAGCCCCGCGGCGGGUGCAGACGCGGAGCGGCCCCGGGAGGAUGAGGCGGGGACCCGGGCCGAGCCCGCUGCCUCUCGGGCUCGGCAGGAAUUAGAAGCGCUGAGGAUGGAGCGUCGCCCACUCGGCGCCCGGCCCGGGCUCUGGACCAGGGACACCAGCUGGGCGCUCCUCUAUUUCCUCUGCCACCUCGUCCCCCGCACCGCCCCGCAAGUACUCAGGAUCGGAGGGAUAUUUGAAACUGUGGAGAAUGAACCUGUUAAUGUGGAAGAAUUAGCAUUCAAGUUUGCAGUCACCAGCAUUAACAGAAAUCGAACUCUGAUGCCUAACAUCACAUUAACCUAUGACAUCCAGAAAAUUAACCUUUUUGAUAGUUUUGAAGCCUCCCGGAAAGCGUGUGACCAGCUGGCUCUUGGGGUGGCUGCUCUCUUCGGCCCCUCCCACAGUUCCUCUGUCAGUGCUGUGCAGUCCAUUUGCAAUGCUCUGGAAGUUCCACACAUACAGACCCGCUGGAAACACCCCUCGGUGGACAAUAAAGACUUCUUUUACAUCAACCUCUAUCCGGAUUAUGCGGCUAUCAGCAGGGCUGUUCUGGAUCUGGUGCUUUAUUACAAGUGGAAAACAGUGACGGUGGUGUAUGAAGACAGCACAGGUCUAAUUCGUCUGCAAGAGCUCAUCAAAGCUCCCUCCAGAUAUAACAUUAAAAUAAAAAUCCGCCAGCUGCCCUCUGGGAAUAAAGAUGCCAAGUCUUUACUCAAGGAGAUGAAGAAGGGCAAGGAGUUCUACGUGAUAUUUGACUGUUCACAUGAAACGGCCGCUGAAAUCCUUAAGCAGAUUCUGUUCAUGGGCAUGAUGACUGAAUACUAUCACUACUUUUUCACAACCCUGGACUUAUUUGCUUUAGAUCUGGAACUCUAUAGGUACAGUGGUGUAAAUAUGACCGGGUUUCGGCUCGUCAACACUGAGAACCCUCACGUGUCAUCCAUCAUUGAGAAGUGGUCCAUGGAGAGAUUGCAAGCCUCUCCCAGGCCCGAGACCGGCCUUUUGGAUGGCGUGAUGACAACAGAAGCCGCUCUGAUGUACGAUGCUGUCUAUAUGGUGGCCAUCGCAUCUCAUCAUGCUUCCCAGCUGACCGUUAGCUCCCUGCAGUGCCAUCGACACCACCCUUGGCUCCUGGGACGCAGUUUCAUGAAGCUGAUCAAAGAGACUCGGUGGGAUGGCUUGACUGGGCGUAUCACCUUCAAUAAAACUGAUGGCUUGAGGAAGGAUUUUGAUCUGGAUAUUAUUAGUCUCAAAGAGGAAGGAACUGAAAAGGCUGCUGGCGAAGUGUCUAAACGCUUAUAUAAAGUGUGGAAGAAGAUUGGGAUUUGGAACUCCAACAGUGGGCUGAACAUGACAGAUGGCAGCAACGACAGGUCCAGCAAUAUCACCGACUCCUUGGCCAACCGAACGCUCAUAGUCACCACCAUUCUGGAAGAGCCUUAUGUGAUGUACAGGAAAUCUGAUAAGCCCCUAUAUGGGAAUGACAGAUUUGAAGGAUAUUGUUUGGAUCUGCUGAAGGAAUUGUCAAGUAUCCUGGGUUUCCUUUAUGAUGUUAAACUUGUCCCAGAUGGCAAAUAUGGAGCUCAGAAUGACAAAGGAGAGUGGAAUGGAAUGGUCAAAGAACUUAUAGAUCACAAGGCUGACCUGGCCGUAGCUCCCCUUACCAUCACCUAUGUACGGGAGAAGGUCAUCGACUUCUCUAAGCCCUUUAUGACACUGGGCAUCAGUAUUCUCUACCGGAAGCCCAAUGGUACCAACCCAGGCGUGUUCUCCUUCCUCAACCCCCUGUCUCCUGACAUUUGGAUGUAUGUGCUCUUAGCGUGCUUGGGAGUCAGUUGUGUUCUCUUUGUGAUUGCAAGGUUUACACCCUACGAGUGGUAUAACCCCCACCCGUGCAACCCUGACUCGGAUGUGGUGGAAAACAAUUUUACUUUGCUAAAUAGUUUCUGGUUUGGAGUUGGCGCUCUCAUGCAGCAAGGAUCAGAGCUGAUGCCAAAAGCUCUCUCAACCAGAAUAGUUGGAGGGAUAUGGUGGUUUUUCACCCUAAUCAUCAUUUCAUCCUACACUGCCAACCUUGCUGCCUUCUUAACAGUGGAGAGAAUGGAAUCCCCUAUAGAUUCAGCUGAUGAUCUGGCAAAGCAAACCAAGAUAGAAUAUGGAGCAGUCAGAGAUGGAUCCACGAUGACCUUCUUUAAGAAAUCAAAAAUAUCCACCUAUGAGAAGAUGUGGGCCUUCAUGAGCAGCAGGGAGCAGACUGUUCUGGUCCAAAACAAUGAAGAGGCGAUCCAGAGAGUGCUCACCACCGACUAUGCCCUACUGAUGGAGUCCACCAGCAUCGAGUACGUGACCCAGAGAAACUGCAACCUCACUCAGAUUGGGGGCCUCAUUGACUCCAAAGGUUAUGGCGUGGGAACACCUAUCGGUUCUCCUUACCGGGAUAAAAUCACUAUUGCUAUUCUUCAAUUACAAGAAGAAGGAAAACUUCAUAUGAUGAAAGAAAAGUGGUGGCGAGGGAAUGGCUGCCCCGAGGAAGACAGCAAAGAGGCCAGUGCUCUAGGAGUCGAAAAUAUUGGGGGCAUCUUCAUCGUUCUGGCUGCUGGACUGGUCCUUUCUGUUUUUGUAGCCAUUGGUGAAUUUAUAUACAAAUCACGAAAGAGUAAUGAUACCGACCAGAAAGGAAAUUCAUCAAGAAUUAGAUUUUAUUUUAGGAACAAAGUAAGGUUUCAUGGGAGAAAAAAGCAAAGCCUUGGUGUAGAGAAGUGUCUCUCUUUCAAUGCCAUCAUGGAAGAACUGGGAAUCUCACUCAAAAAUCAGAAAAAGUUAAAGAAAAAAUCAAGAACUAAGGGGAAAUCUUCCUUUACAAGUAUCCUUACUUGUCAUCAGAGACGAACUCAGAGAAAAGAGACAGUGGCAUGAGCCAAGAAAUAUGGUCAGAAGCUUCACGGAAGAACAAGCAUAUGCCUCCAUCAGAAUUUUGGGGAAAGGAUUUCUGAGGAGUGUGCAAUGUAUUUCCAUAUGUCUCUAUACAUAAUGCUGCUUAUGUAUACAGAAAAAAGAAAUACAAAAGGUUCAGAGCUCAUAUAAACAACUAUUACUUGCCAAGUGGCACCAGUUCGUUGGAAAUGAAUUUGUAUGCUCACUUAUUUUGCCUUUUCACUUUCCCCCCCCCAAUAAAUUGCUGUGUGUGCUUUCUUAAAUAAUAAAAAAACAGGGUUUUCUUUUCCAUA